GUUUCCACUCUUUACUACCCUUUUUUUCUGAUUCUAUCUAUCAUAAUGGCCACUGUUUCCGUCAUUUCACCAGUAAACCAGGAGCCUGCCUUCUCAGUUCGAUGCAUCACAAACGAAGAAUUUGAUCAAGCUGUUGACCGUGCCGAGAAAGCGUUUUCAGGUUGGCGCAAGGUACCUGUCUCUGAACGCGUCAAGAUUAUUCAGAAAUUCUGUGAUAUCUUUGACACAAAGCAAGAAGAAGUAGCCGAGUCAUUGGUGCAGCAGAUGGGUAGACCCAGACGCUAUGGAGGAGGAGAAAUCAAGGGUGUGAGAGAGAGAUCUAGUUACAUGUGCUCAGUCGCGGAAGAGAGCCUCAAAGAUGAAGUGGUUGAGGAACAAUCGAAUGUGAAGCGGUACAUUAAGAAGGAGCCAUUGGGACCUAUCUUUAUUAUUGCCUCAUGGAACUACCCUUAUCUUACUGCUGUCAACAAUGUGAUCCCCGCUCUUCUUGCCGGAAACCCCGUUCUUUUGAAACAGUCUCUGCAAACCCCAAAGUGUGCAGAACUAUUUGUUAAAGUACUUCACGAGGCAGGUGUUCCUGAAGAUAUCGUUCAAUCUGUGGUUUUGACCGAUUCUGGAUCUGAAUAUGCUACAAAUCAUCCUGGAAUCAAAUUUGUUAGCUUCACAGGAAGUGUUGCUGUUGGUAAAAAGAUCCGAAAAUCGCUUGGUACAACAAAGCCUUUGAUCGGUUCUGGAAUGGAGCUCGGAGGAAAGGAUCCUGCUUAUGUACUAUCUGACUCUGAUAUUGCUUAUGCUGCUGAAAACAUUGUGGAUGGAGCCUUCUUCAACUCAGGACAGUGCUGCUGCUCCAUCGAACGUUGCUACGUCGACGCAAAAGUUUAUGACAAGUUUGUUGAAAAGGCAGUUGCUAUUACAAAGGGCUAUGUUCUUGGAAACCCUAAUGAUAUGGAGACCACAAUUGGACCAAUGGCCAAUAUCCAAUUUGCCAACAAUGUCAGAGCACAAUUGAAGGAUGCUGAGAGCAAAGGGGCAAAGCUUUUGAUCGCCACUGAAAAAUAUUUCUCUCAAGACAAGACUGGAAGUACUUAUAUUGGUCCACAAAUUGUGGUAAAUGUUAAUCACGAUAUGGUCAUUAUGAAAGAAGAGACCUUUGGCCCUGUUUUGGCCAUUAUGCCCGUGUCUUCAGAAGAAGAGGCAAUUCGAUUGAUGAAUGAUUCUGAUUAUGGAUUGACUGCCAGUAUCUGGACCACAGAUGCAGAAAAGGCAAUUCGUAUCGGUGACCAAAUUGAAACCGGAACCUGGUUUAUGAAUCGCUGUGAUUACAUUGAUCCUGCACUUCCUUGGGUUGGUGCAAAGGAUAGUGGGUCGGGUUUCUCAAUGAGCAAACAUGGCUUCAAUGCCUUUGUGAGACAAAAAUCAUACCAUCUCAAGUUGAAGCAGCAGUAGAUACUUCUUCUCCUUCUUCUUUAUAUAAUAGGAAGUACUCAAUAAAAAAGAAUCGAUACUGUAGCGAGGCAAAGUAAUUGGCACCAUUCUUUUUAUUCAGUAGUUUAGGCUUUUGGUUUCUUUUAUACACUUUUUUCAUAAAGUAUAUUCGUUCAUGAAGCAAAAUUAUACACGCUAUUCUGAAAAGAAUAAAAUGACUUUUAAGCUGUUGUUUGAAAAAAAAAUGU